GCAGAGAGUUCUCUCCCGCUAGGAGGAGAUAAGAUAUUGUGUUGGGACUAAGAGCUUCUCUGACAUUCUCAAGAUCACUGGAUGGUAGAGGCUGGAAGCUGGUGAUGGUCCAGACAUGGGCAAGGAUGGCAUCCUGUUCUUCGUCCUCCUGAGUGUCCUGCCUGGCAGCAUCCAGGCCUGCCUUUGCGAGCGCUACCCUUGGAGUGCCUGGUCUAGCUGUUCAAAAUCUUGCAACUAUGGCACCCAAAGCAGGCACAGACACAUUGUGAUGGAUGAAUAUUUUAAGAAAAACUUUUGUGACCAGCUGUGUGCCAAACAGGAAUCCAAAGCAUGUAAUGAGGAAAUGUGUCCUAUCAACUGCCAGCUUGGAGACUUUGGACCUUGGUCAGACUGUGACCCUUGCGUUAAAAAACAGUUUCAGGCCCGGUCCCUUCUGCGUCCAUCUCAGUUUGGGGGCCAGGCUUGUGAGGAGCUGCUGGUAAAGUCUCAGAAGUGCUACCCAACUAAGAUCUGCAACAUCGAAGAAUUGGACUGCAAGAAUAAAUUCAAGUGUGAUAGUGGCCGCUGCAUCGCCAAGAAGCUGGAGUGCAACGGAGAGAACGACUGCGGGGACAACUCGGACGAGAGGGAUUGCGCGAAAAAGAGCCGAGUGUGCGGGCGAGUGUACCACCCCGUCCCCAGCGUGCAGAUCAUGGGAAUGGGAUUCCACCUUCUGGCUGGAGAACCCAGAGGAGAAGUCCUGGACAAUGCUUUCACUGGAGGGAAAUGUACCACCGUCAAAAGCAGCAGAGGAAGUAACCCAUACCGUGUCCCGGCUAACGUGGAAACCAUCCAUUUUCAGGUGGAAACUCAAGAGGAUGAUUUGCAGUCGGAAUUUUACCACGACUUAACGCCACUGAAAUCUGGCCACAGUAGUGACAUCUCAUCUCAAGCGUCCGGGGGAGGUUCUUCUGGGAUCCCUUAUUUAUGGUCAACUAAGAGAAAGACACAAAUCACCAACUCUGCCUCCUUCAAGCAAGCCAUCCAAGCUUCCCAUGAGAAGGAUUCUAGUUUCAUUCGGGUCCACAAAGUGAUUUCUGUCUUAAACUUCACGAUGAAGGAACAAGACCUGCAACUCUCAGAUGUCUUCUUAAAGUCCCUGAGCCACCUGCCCCUGGAGUACAACUACGCCCUGUACAGCCGGAUAUUCGAUGAUUUUGGGACUCAUUACUUCACCACGGGUUCUUUGGGCGGGACGUAUGAUCUCCUGUACCAGUACAGCAGGGAGGAUUUGAAGAAUUCAGGUUUAACUGAGGAAGAAGCUGUAGAGUGCGUCCGCACCGAAACAACAAAGCGCCGAUUCUUCUUCAAGACAAAGAAAGUGCACUUCAGAUGUGUCAGUAACCAGAUGUCAGAACGCUACGAAGGUUCCUUUACACAGGUGGCUGAGAAAUCUCUCUCACUUGUCCAAGGAGGGAGGAGCGAGUAUGCGGCUGCUUUGGCAUGGGAGAAGGGGGCGUCUUUGCCCGAGGAGUCAAUCUUUACAAACUGGCUGGAGUCGGUCAAGGAAAAUCCCGCGGUGGUCGGCUUUGAGCUCACUUCCAUCCUGGAUUUGGUCAAGGGCAUUCCCUGUGCAGCGACGAGGCGCAACAACCUGAAGAAAGCACUCGGGGAGUACGCGGAAAAAUUUGACCCUUGCAGGUGCGCACCAUGUCCGAAUAAUGGAAGGCCCGUGCUCUCGGGGACCGAAUGCAUGUGUGUAUGCCAGAGUGGAACCUACGGCCAGAACUGUGAGAAAAGAGCACGGGAUUUCACAUCAAAUACCGUGGAUGGUUUGUGGAGCUGCUGGUCUCCCUGGAGCGCGUGUGAUGGGUCUUACAGGAGGAGGAGGACGAGGAGAUGUGAUAACCCUGCCCCUCUGAAUGGAGGGAAGACCUGUGAGGGCGAUGGACAACAGGAGGAAGAUUGCUCCUUUUCCAUAUUCGUCAAGAAGGGGGCUCUGUGCCUCAAUGAUGACAAAGACAUCAAGGAGGUGGAUAUCGAAGAGACCGAGCCCACCGAAGGAUGCCGGAAGCCCCUCCCUCCUGCAAAUGGGUUCAUCAGGAAUGAGAAGAGAACCUAUUCGGUUGGGGAAGAUGCUGAGAUUGUCUGCAUGACGGGCUUUGAGGCGGUGGGAUUCCAAUAUGUAAGUUGUCUACCGGACAAAACCUGGAAAGAAGAAGGCACGGAAUGCCGACGGGCAACGUGUUCUAAGCCGUCUGUGCCUGAAGGCCUCUCCGUUUCCCCCCACAAAAAGCAGUAUCAGGUGGGAGACUCCAUCCUGUUGGUGUGCCCUCCUGGUUUCGUUAUCACGGGCCUGAAGAAGCACACCUGUGGGAAGGAGCUGACUUGGGAGCCCCCUGUAUCCAGCUCCAUCUCUUGUGAACAAGGAGCUUCGGCCAGUCGCAGGGACGGCUGUGCACCCGGACGAAAGGCGGAGGGCUCCAAGUGCAUCUGCAUGUCUCCCACAGAGGACUGCGGCAGCCGCGAUUCAGAAGAUCUCUGCGUGUUUGACACGUCCUCCAGCCGAUACACUACAAAAGCCAGCUGCCAGUUCUUGGCGGAAAGAUGCAGAAAUGAACAACAAAUCCACUUCCUGCUCCCCGGCCCCUGUGAGGAGGGCCCUCAGCUGCAGUGGGCUCUGGAGAGGACAAAACUGUCUCUGAAAAGCACAAAGAAGGAGCCGUGUGGCUAUAACACAUGCUACGACUGGGAACGGUGCUCAGACGCUGUGUCCGUAUGCUCCUGCCUGAUCCCCAGCCAGUGUCCCAAGGACGGGUCUCCGGUGUUCUGCAUCCAGGCAGGCUCGGCCAAGAGGAAGAGAAGCUUGAAUCUCUGUGAGCUGGGGGCCCUGAAGUGCGCCCAGAUGGAGGUUGAAGAGCUUCCCCUUGAACAAUGUCUGCUUUAAUGGACGCUGGCACAAAAGAAACCAACCACCGCGCAGGCCCCUGAGCCCCUGGUUGGCCUGUUUCUCGGCAAGCAAAGCAAGCUGACUCGUCUAGAACCUGAGGAAAAAGUUCUUACAAAACCUUAGGAAGAUUCAAGGACUUUCUGGCUCCUUGGCACGGGGCACCCCACCCUUAUACCACCCUCAAUUUUAGCCACGAACACCAAGGGGCGAGUGGGGAGGGGGAGGACUGGCUUCCCCUGGGGAGAGCUUAGUCAGCCCAGCUGGAGUGAGAGAAUCAAUAAUAAUGAUAACAAUUGGGGUGUUCAUUUUAACGUCCAUCUCCUCCUUUAGACUGUAAGCUCGUCGUGGG